UUUUUCCUGUCUCACAUUCUGUACUGUAGUCUGUAACAGUUUGCCUUUUAAACUCUUUCUGGACAGAAAUGAACGAAUAAAAUGACCGUCAAUGGUUUUUUUACUAUAUCAUAACAUUACGGUAACAAUAACGUUGAAAAUAUGGCCACUAAUCGUCGAAUUUCGAGUAACGCUUCACCUGGAGCCGACGCGGGUGUUAUGGAAUACGGCACGUCCAUCCUGAAUGUCGCCGAUGGCGUAAAAUUUGACCAGGUUACUAGAUCAUCGCCCCGUGUGGGACACCACCCGGCGAGUCCCGAGGAUAAUGAUGGUAUCGGAAAGCGUCAGUCUAAACAGAGAAAACGGAACAACAGCAGCAAGUCUCCCGUACCAACAGGCAACCGGAAAGUCAUCCGCAAGAAAUCUGUUGACAUCAGCAACAGCAGCAAGAAAUCCAGGGCAAACCUUUCAAAAGCAGAAUUGCUCAAAUGGCGUCUGUACAAAGAUGGGCAUUACUUUUAUCAAUGCCCCUAUUGCGGCAAACGUGGAAAGGUUGCGUGGGGAUGGAAUCGUGAUGCCUGCAAGAACCACUUGUUAGGCAAGACAGGAAAUAACUAUCAAUAUCCUUGUGCAGCAUGGAGUGAUGGCUUGGAGAAGGCGGACUACGAAAAGGGUUUUAUGCCACAGCGCUUUAUGAUAUUCCAACGAUGCGAUGACGAUGGCAUAAUGGGCCCUUGGAAGAAGUCACCAUGGACUUUGAGAGAUUGUGAGCGGGGUGCUGUGCCAGUGUCGGCUACGGAGGACAUGCGGCAGCCGACGCGAAAAUGGUACAGUGUCGACCCGCGCGUCCCCGGAAACUCGGCGUUUCCGUCUGGCUCGUCGGUCCUGUCUAGCUCUUCAAUCCCGUCUAGUUCUGCUGCGACGAAAAAACGCAAGCGUCCGGAUACAGUGUCGUCGUUUGUCUCGCAGCUGACACGGUCGGUCGCAAAUAGCGAAGAGAAGAGAUCUACCAGUAAAUAUUCGCUGCGUAGUAAGAAAAACAUCGACUCACAUUUGGACGAUACUUCAUUCAAACGCCCUUCCCCCGUGGCGCACAGCCCUGUGAAACGACGUCUGCGAAUCAAGCCGGUCGAUUCAGACACCACAACGCCCGUCACGGGCCUCGUAGAUGCAGAUGAUAACGGGCAGGUGGUGUUACCCUGCUCAGCAAGUGAUACAAGUAUAUCUCUGGACCCUGCUCAAAUCUCAGCAUUUAUCCAGAAUUCGCUUUCUCCCGUUGCAACAUUUCCUUUUGAGUGUCAUCUCAGUAAUCUACCGGGAUCCGAGUGCGCAUCCAGAUCGGUCGGAUUAGCACAAUCAGCUGCUGGGAUCGUAGGUACUACGGCUCGUGGAUGUGAACAAGAUGAACGGCUGGAGGAUGGACACAUCAUCGAGGACAAACCGGGAAAUAAAACUUGGCGUACGGGAUCUGCUGUUAGGCAGGGAUGCUUUGCGGAUGUGUAUCUAGUUUCCGACAUGACAACCGGAUCAGUUGCAGAUGGAGCGGCGAAAUAUGUCCUGAAACUGAAUCGGGUGGAUGAUGUAUCGCGUAAUGAGGAGGCUUUCUACAGGGCAGUUGCGAAACCUGAGUCAAUUGCUACAUUCCGGCGUGAACGCAGCAUCAAAUCUGUCGGCAUCAUGGAAUACAUUUCUAGUGGUGUUGUGGAAGUCCGUGGGAAAAAUUUGCGAUGGCUUAUUUUACCCCGUUUAGACCGGAGCGUUCAGCAGAUUUUGGAUGAACGUCACGGAAUGCUUUCACGGAAAUGCGUGAUAUUGUUGGCCUUACAGCUGUUGGAUACGCUGGAAUAUAUCCAUAAUCAGGGAUAUGCGCAUGCGGAUUUGAAGGCCACCAAUCUGAUGACUGGUCUCAGUCCCGCGGACGCUUUGCAAGUGUAUCUGAUUGAUUUCGGAAUGGUCAAACGGUUUAUGGACGAUAACAAGCACAUUUCCUAUGCUGAAAAGCCGGAUGCUCCACUGGCCGGAACUCUUGAGCUGACCAGUUGUGAUGCUCACAAGAGAGCGGUUCCAUCUCGGCGAGGUGAUAUGCAGAUACUGGGAUUUAAUCUGGUCAAAUGGCUCACUGGAGCACUGCCAUGGUCGCGCUGUGAGGAUGCCGCUGUUGUGCACAAUUUGAAAAUAGGGUUUAUAGCCAGUCAAGAUGACUUCUUCCGUGUGACCUUCCCUACUAGCGCCCCUGUUGAGAUUAUGAAUUUCUUCAGAUCCAUCCAAAGUUUGAAAUACGAUGAAGAGCCGAAGUACGCUGAGCUGCGGGGAUUUUUUCAAACUGCUGCCCAAGAUGCAGAUGCCGUUGAAGGAGAACUUUUUUCGACCGCAGCAACUGCAUACGGAAGUAUGAAUUCCUCCGUAUCCAACGCCAGUUGCGAUAGUGAGGAGCCGGUUCGCGUAUCAACUGAUACGCCGUUGCUGGAAGACGCAGCCACCCGCAUCGACCAUGAGCCACAUCACACCGGAGUUUUUGAUGAUCAGAUAUUGGUAGCGGAAUAUAGAACGGCAGUUUUGCGCUUCUUGAAAACUGGCAAACAAUCGCCAUAUUCGGCAUUUUAUCAGCGAGUGCCUACAAUGUCCCCCGAAGAGAUUCUCCAAAAGUUUUCUAGUGAACAACCAUCGAUUAUGACCCGGGAGUUGUUAGAACUCAUCUGCAAACCUCGUCUUAUAGACGACAUCGGUAAGCGGAGUGUGGAGAAUGAAGGACUGCUGAAUGAAGGUCUUCUGAAACAGAAGCUUGACGGAUUGAGUAAGGAAAAAACCUGUGUCCAGUGUCAGACGGAUAUAGAGCCGAGCCAUGAUACCGUCGACAGGCGGGAUCUGGAACAGAAGAUUGCGGCUUGCGAAGAGCAGAUUGAAACUCUGCGCAAAGAGAGUGGCGAGUUCCGAACCGCCCGCGAUCAUGCUCAAGAGCAACUGGAGGAAGCCAAACGCGACCGGCUCAAAGUGGACGCGGAAUCCCAGCACCGUAUAACGCUACUGGAGCAGGAACUGGCCUCCAAAACCAGCAAGCAACAGCAGACGUCUGGUGAAGCCGCUUCCCUACGGGCGCUCUGUUCAGUGCACGAUGAGCAGCUCCGAAAAGCCAGCCAAGAGCGAGACCAGUCCGCGGCGGAAGUUACUCGCCUCUCCAAGUUGCUCCAGACUACCAAACAAGAGAGGGACCAGAUGACUGACGCCAUGCAGAAGUUGCAGAGUCAGGUUGACGAACUGCGGAGUGAACGCGAGAUGGACCGUCGUCGAACACAGGAGCUGGAGCAAAAGGGAAGCCGAACCACUCAGUCGUUCCCGUCUCCCAUGUGGAAGUUUUAUCAAAAGAAAACCUUUGUGCGUUGGGCCAAUGAGCAGCUGAAGAAGGUGCAACUGUGUGUGAAUGAUCUAGAGAAGGACUUUAGUGACGGGCACCGCCUUAUUGCUCUACUGAAAGUCAUUAGCGGCCGCUCUUUACCACAACACACAGAAAAGGCUGUGAUACGCUCCAAAAAAUUGGCGAAUAUCAGACUAGCCCUGGCAUUUCUCGAGGAGGAAGGCGUGGAUCUCGGAGUUAUUGAUUGUAGUGACAUCCUUGACGGGAGACCAGAUCAAAUUUUAGUAUUAAUGUGGAAUUUGAUAUCGCAUUAUUCCCUGUCCAAGCCGAACUGGGAAGGCGAUGCGGAUAGUGAAGGGCAGGAGAAGAAACGUACGCCCAAACAGCGUCUCCUUACGUGGAUUAACAAAAAAGUGCCGAAUUUGUCGAUUAGUAAUUUCAGUUCCGACUGGGCGGACGGCAUGGUGUUUGACGCGCUAGUCAACGCCAUGAAAGCAGAUCUCUGCGAGGACUGGCAGAACUGGGCGCCGUCUGAUGCAGAACACAGUGCAACUGUGGCAAUGACCCUGGCGGAGAAAUGGUUUGGUGUGCCACAGCUGCUCAGCCCGGAGGACAUGAUCAACCCCCACACUGACGAUCAGAGCAUGAUGACGUAUCUGGCGCAGUUCCCCAACGCUGAACAGCGAGCACCGGAAAUGAAUAUAAGCAUAGUUCAAUAGCUGAUUACAGUUCACAUUGUAGCAGUGCUUCGAUUGAGUGGUCUCUGAACGUAUACAAUGGCCGCGUGGCCUAAUGGUUAAGGUUAAAAUUCAUUUUGCUAAUGGUUAAAAUUUAUUUCAGAGAAAAUUAAACAAA